AUGACCUAUAUCCCUCACCCAUCCGCCGGAUCCCAGUCGACCUCGUCGCUGUCCUCAGAGACUUUCGACAGAGAGCACAAGAAAAAAGCCGUUCAGAAGUUUCUAGCCAGGGCUGAGCUUUCCAACGUUACCCGUGCAUUGCGAACACGCUUAUCCUAUGCCUCCCACAAAACUACCAACAAUGCCCCCAAUGCGUCCUUACGUGACUUUGAAUCGCAGAGCCAGUCUCCAGCCAAUUCGUCUGCCUUCGCCCGCAGCAACACCGCCAGACGCAAACCACCGACGACCAGCAGCUAUCAUGCCAAUCUAGCUACUCAUGGAAUGAGUGGCGCAGGAUCUACUAGCAGUCCUCUCCGAAGGGGUAGUUCAGGUCCGAUCACACUGACAGCUGGUCUUUCGUCGCGCGGCAGCUUUUUGGGUAUCAAUGGUACACCUACCAGCGCAGGGGAUCUCAGCAGCAGCGCUUCGCGACAAUCAGUCGGUGGGCCGACGCUUUUUACGUCUAUCCUGGCGCCGCCACCUACACAGCAGGCGCGCACUAUUUUGAACGCUAAUGAUCCACCUGUUGCUCCUCCUAUACGACCCGCUCCAUCGCCCCAGAUGCAGGGCGGUGGGGUAGCGCGGAGCAUUGCAGAGGGAACGCGUGCGCAUUCUAAAAGCCGGCGCCCCGACGGAGCUGGAUCAGGCAAAGGCAAACACCGAGCCAGGACCUCAGACCGUGGCGACCUUGACGCAGAUGGCGAUGUUGACAUGAAGGCAGCUCAGACUCUAACCUCUCUGCUCCUGCACCACCGACCUUCAAUAUCUGGCAGUGUGUCAUCACCGCGCUCAAGUUUCGAUGGAUCAGAUGCAGGGUCCACACAAUCAUAUUCACAGUAUACUCAGAGUUCUGCUCGGGGCUUUCCCAAUACGGGACCACCUCUAUCCUCCAGUCUCGCUUCGACGUCUACCAUUUCUGUUGGUUCCUAUCGAGAUAAGACCCCCCCUCCCAUGUCGAACGCGCCCCCUUCUCAGCAAACAACACCACGACCGGCUCCUACUGACAAUGAAGCUGCGGAUCUGAUGCUGUUCCUAGCAACAUCUCCGUCACCUGCGCGUCCGUCCAAUAAAGAUGCCAAGGACAUGGCCGCGUAUCGUACAUUAGGGGGCGGCGCGGGAGUGUUGCGGGCCAAGGGCCGGGUCUUGUUUCCCACCGCUCCCGGUGAACCAAAUAGUCAAGAUGCGGGCAGGGUCAAUCCCCGUGGGACAGGGUCUGGGCUAUCUCGUGGUGGGGAGAGUAGUUUUACGUCCAGCAUCUCCAGUAUUGGAAGCGAUUUGGGUGGGCGACGCGAUUCCAUUCCAGGCGUCGAUAGUGGUAUGUCCAGAUCAUCGAAUCGUUCAUCUACACCUGCUCAGCUCCUUCCGCCGCCGUCUUUUCCCUCGCAAAUGUCCGUUCCGUCGAGUCCAUCUGGCCGCCGCAAGUCAGUUGACGGUAGCCCAAGACCAGGAUCAGCCCAUGAUUUCAACUUCCAUGAUUUUAUUAACGCGUCUCCUUCACCCUCUCGAGGCUACCCUCAACACAACAGAUUAACGGGCCUGCGUGCCGAUGUUGGAAGAAAGUUGUUUGAGGGAGAACAGAUGCGUCUGGGAAUGCAAGGAGGUCAUAUGAAGAGACCGGACGACCGAGGCCUGGGUGCAGGAAUCGAUUUGUUGAAGAGUUAA